UUAGGGCUUGUGUAUUGCUAGGUGCUGCAUGUAUGGGCAUUUCAAGGUUGGAUCCUCUGGACUGAUCCUGCCACAGAUACCAGGAGGCAGCAGGGAAGGCACACAAUAAGUAGAUGCAGUCACACCCAGGCCAUGUCUGCUCUGUAUAGUUGUCUGAAAGGUAAAAAUGACUCGAUUAUGGCUGCAAAUUCCGCAGAAGGACCUCAAACUUCAGAGACAGAAGAGGCCCAUGAAGAGAACACAGGAAAAAAGAAAUCUAAAUUUCAGGCCUUCAAAAAAUUUUUUGUCAAAAAGAAAAGAAAGGAAUAUCCGACUCCAAGUAGAGAAACCAACUUAAAGCCCAGUCAGUCUAGCAGCGAUGUGAGCGUGUCAGCAGUCAGUACGACUGCCCUCCCAGCAGCCCAGGAACCAGGCCCAAAAAGCAAUAUGGGUAACAAGGCGUUAUCACAUGACAGUGUAUUCCAGUCUGAGACUGAAAAUAUCGCAAAGGACAAAUCAUCACAGGAGAACAUUCCUGGCAAAGUAAAGUCAUUACAGCUACAGCUUGAGCAGAACAUCAGAAUAGGAUCUUCUCCACGAGGGAUUGUUCCCAAAAAUAUAGAGGACUCUGGUGCCCUUUCUGAAGAUGAUGGUUUGCCCAGGAGCCCACCAGAAAUAAACUCCCUGCAUGAGAUAUUGGCAGAAUCCUCGGCCAAGUCUUCCAGCUGUACACAGAGACGCAGCUCAUUAAGUUUAGGAGGGACAGAUAGUGAGGAAGAGCAGGUAUCUUCUUGCCCUAGGAGUCCUUUGUCCAGUGUCCUCUCUUGCCCCACUUCCCCAUCAAGCCGCUUGCAUCUCCUGGACUUUACAGAACCAGCUAGCUCCUUGAUCUGCCUGGAUAACUCUGCAGCUAAGCACAGGAUUGCCGUCAAGCCAAAGAACCAGAGAGGACCCACUGUGAAACUGAAGCAAACUGCAUCUGUACAACCAAAAGGAACCAGCGUCAAAGGAAAGGUUGAUACUGAAGAACCAGAAUUGGAUUCUGAACAUGCAAAGUUUAAUACUGAAGAUAUAGCGGUAAGGAUAUCUGUGGUUGAUGCAAAGCCGCUUCUAGACUUGAAGGAAAUUGAAGAUACUAAGGGCAAUGGCAAAAAUGAGGGCCCUUUUGUAUCUCUGACUCUAGAGUCUGAAGAUAAGCAAGUGCCUAAGAGUGAAGCUGCACAAUACGAAGCUAAUGUGGAUUUCCAUAUUAGUCAGACACCUGAAGAAGACCAAGUGGAGUAUAUUGCGGAAGCCACUGAGAAAAGAGAGGAAAGCGAUCCAACCACAGAGUCCAUUUUCACCAUUCCUGUUUAUGAGCUGGAUGCAGUUCUGGAUAUGGCUGAGCUUCCUGAGACCACUGACCUGAAGGAGGAAAUUGUAGACCGUGAUAUUUCCCCAAACCAGACCUGUGAAAUGGUGGACACUUCCCCAAAGAUUGAUGAGAACUUGUCAGUGAUUGUUACAGAUGAGCCCAUAAUUAAUGAAUUUAAACAACAACUUGAGCUGGAACCAUUAGAAACUUGUUUCUCUGGCACACAGUGUAAGUUAAAUGUUAAUACUGAGAGGACUUUAAAUCUAGAGGAGACUUCAUUGUUAAAAGAUGAUUUAUUGGAACAAGAGUGCAUUACUGCCACGUGUAGCAGUGACCAAUCCACAGAGUCUUGUGAACCGUCUUGUGGAAUUCUAAUGGUGCACGAUGUUCUAAGUGAUGUUGUAGAGAGCCAAGAAAUAUUGGAAUGUAAAGAAACACAUGUAUGUGCUGAGCACAGCGAAUCAGAUCACGUAAGCCCAAACACAGACAAUGAAAGUUCAGCUAUGCAAUUUUCUGGAGAGUUAGUGUGUGAAAAUGAAGUGGUUCAUUUAGAUGAAGGGGUAACUGAAAGCCCAAUGGAGAAGACUGAAAAUCUACUUGUUGAAUCUGCUACAGAAAUCAGUACCAGUGACUCUUGUUCUGUACAAGUGGCCAGUGGGACAGUUGGUAAAGAGCUGGAUGUUCUGUCUUGCACUGACCCCUUGACAGAAACAUAUGAGGAAUGUAAAAAAACAGAGACAAACCUUGAAAGCAAACAGAAAUCUGCUGCUAAACCAGUGAGAUUCACAGUAGCCCCUGCAUGGCAAAGAUCACUCUCUGUUGCAUCCCCGAAAGAGUUUGCCUUCCGGAAUAUUCUAAAAUCUGGGUCAUUUGAUAGUGCAGAGGAGACCGUUAUUACAAUUCAUAAGGAUGAAUCUAGGAAAACGGACAAGCUUACUGAUAUCCCCCCAAAAAGUGAUGAGGAAUCUUUGGUUCCCUUUGGUGUCCGGUUGAGAAGCACAUCCACCCCUUUAAAAUAUAGUGAAGCACAUUUUGGGGAAUCUGUUAAGCCAAGUACAGUAGAUACUCUACAUUUGGAUUUGAAGCAAAAUACUCCAAAACCAACAAAGACAGCGCAGAUUCGCUCAGAUGCUACAAAGGAAUCAAAACCUUUGCAUACCAAUGAAAAUCGAACACCACUGAAACCAAAAGCAGACGAUCCUUCUCUGAAAGAAAUCAUAGCACCUAGCUGGAUUUCAGUGGCAAAACAAAAAAGGAAAGGAUUUCAGGAACAUCCUCUUGCCAGAGAGGAGAACAUUACAGCUGAAAACAACCAAGCCAAGGGUGCUUUGGAAAUUUCCCUAAAAAUUAGCAACGAUUCCAAAACACAAAGCGAAGAGAUAAAGCCAAAGAAAGAACUUCAGUGCAUUGACAUUUAUCCAGCUGAAUCUAUAGAUAUCCGACCAGGACCAGAAAAAUUUCCUGCCUCCCUUCAAAAUCCAGAUGAACCUCCAUGGCUGUCUCUAGCCAAGAAGAAGGCAAAGGCAUGGAGCGAGAUGCCUCCUAUCACGCAGUAGCAUAUAUAU